GAACAUUUUUCUCGAAAAGGCAACCGCACUGCUUCGUUCCCGCCGAUCUUUUGUGAUAACUAGGGUUAGGGUUCGGGGGCUUGUUCCAGAAAGCGAAGAUGAGCUCCGGUGCGGCAUCGACCAAGGGUGGGCGUGGCAAGCCGAAGGCUUCGAAGUCCGUCUCCCGAUCGCAGAAGGCUGGGCUCCAGUUUCCUGUUGGUCGGAUAGCGCGCUUCCUUAAGGCCGGGAAGUAUGCUGAGCGCGUUGGUGCCGGUGCCCCUGUAUACCUCUCUGCAGUCCUUGAGUACCUUGCUGCCGAGGUUCUGGAGUUGGCCGGGAACGCAGCUAGGGAUAACAAGAAGAAUAGGAUCGUUCCAAGGCAUAUACAGCUUGCAGUGAGGAAUGAUGAGGAGUUGAGUAAGCUAUUGGGGGCGGUGACGAUCGCGAAUGGUGGAGUAUUGCCGAAUAUUCAUCAGAAUCUUCUGCCCAAGAAGACAGGCAAGGGAAAGGGGGAACUUGGAUCUGCAUCACAGGAGUUUUAGAGUGAAUAAGUAGGGAUUGGUACCUUUCACGGGGGAUUAGUAUCUUGUUUGGUUGAGAUUCUGGUUUUGGAUUGAACAUGAUGUUUAAUGUAUGAAAAAAAAAAACUUCAGUGAUUUGGUGCCAUCUUUGUUUCUUUUUAGCCAUUUUCUUGCGUUGCUGCUAAAAAAGUCCUGGCUUUGAUAUUGAUCGCUGGUCUUCAGGAAUCUUUUUUGUGGCCUUUUUGAAGCUUUCGUUUGCAAUUUCUUUCCCCUUAUUGUUAUUAUUAUUUUGAUUUCAAAA